CCUGAGUGAGAGGAAAGCCUUUGAAGCUCGCCUGGAGGAAGAAGCCUGCAGGGCAUCCCGGAGGAGGGAUGGGUCCCGGGCUGUCCCCUGUGGAUGUGCGGACUCUCCUGGUCUGCAGCUUUAUCCUGGCAGCAGCUUUGGGCCAGAUGAAUUUCACAGGAGACCAGGUUCUUCGAGUCCUGGCCAAAGACGAGAGGCAGCUCUCCCUUCUCAGGGACCUGGAGGGCCUGAAGCCCCAGAAGGUGGACUUCUGGCGCAGCCCAGCCAGGCCUAGCCUCCCUGUGGACAUGAGAAUUCCUUUCUCUGAACUGAAAAAUGUCAAAGCUUAUUUGGAGUCUCAUGGGCUUGCCUACAGUGUCAUGAUAAAAGACAUCCAGGUGCUGCUAGAUGAGGAGAGAGAAGCCAUGGCAAAAUCCCGCCGGCGGGAGCGUAGCACCAGUAGCUUCAGUUAUUCCUCUUACCACACCCUGGAGGAGAUUUAUAGCUGGAUGGACAGCUUUGUAGCUGAACAUUCGGAUAUUGUCUCAAAAAUUCAGAUUGGCUACAGCUUUGAAAAUCGGUCCAUUCUUGUCCUGAAGUUCAGCACUGGAGGUUUUCAGCUCCCAGCCAUCUGGAUUGACACUGGAAUUCACGCCCGGGAGUGGAUCACCCAUGCCACUGGCAUUUGGAUGGCCAGGGAGAUUGUCAGUAAAUACGGCAAAGACCGCAUCCUGACAGAUAUACUGAAUGACAUGGACAUCUUCUUGGAGAUUGUCACCAACCCUGAUGGGUUUGCUUUUACACACAGUAUGAACCGCUUAUGGCGGAAGAACAAGUCCACCAGACCUGGAAUCUUCUGCAUUGGCGUGGAUCUCAACAGGAACUGGAAGUCAGGUUUUGGAGGCAAUGGUUCUAACAGCAACCCCUGCUCAGAGACUUAUCACGGGCCUGCUCCUCAGUCAGAGCCAGAGGUGGCCGCUAUUGUGAACUUCAUCAGAGACCAUGGGAACAUCAAGGCCCUGAUUUCCAUUCACAGCUACUCCCAGAUGCUCAUGUACCCAUACGGCCACACCCUGGAGCCUGUUUCAAACAAUGAGGAGUUGUUCAGACUUGCCAAGGAUGCAGUGAAGGCCCUGUACGAGGUCCACGGGAUCGAAUACAUUUAUGGCAGCAUCAGCACCACCCUCUACUUGGCCAGUGGGAUCACUGUUGACUGGGCCUACGACAGUGGCAUCAAGUAUGCCUUCAGCUUUGAGCUCCGGGAUACCGGGCACUACGGCUUCCUCCUGCCGGCCGCCCAGAUCAUCCCCACGGCCGAGGAGACGUGGAUGGCGAUUCAGACCAUCAUGGAGCACACUUACAAGAACCCCUAUGAGCAACACAAUCCCGGCGCAGAGCAGAAGGAUUUUGUCUCCUCCACCAAGGCCAGGGGUGGGACUUCUCCUCAAACCCAAACUCUGCGUCCCUCUCGUCACACCCCUGCCCUGAACCCUCAGAAAAUGAAAAUGAGUUUGAACAAUUCUUCACUGGCUCAGGUGCUGGCUGUCAGCCCUUUGGGCUCAGCAUUGCGGGGUGGGUGCACCUAACAUUGAGGGGGAUCAUGCCCUUCACCCCUGAGAGGCAGCUUGAAAUACCUGGGGAAUCCUCUUCACUCCGCAUCUACCUUCAGGAAAAUGAGGGGCCUAAUGGGCCCCACCUAUUCUCUGCAGUGCUCUCAGGGCCCAGAACAGAUGAACUCACCCCCGGGAGCUAUCCACACACACAUUGUCCCAGGGCUAUUUACAUUUUCCAGUGACCCUGGAGGGGAUGAUGUUUAAUCUAAAGAAGUGGAUGCAGCUUCCACGUGUGCCAUGCUGGGGAGCGUCAGAGGUGCCCAGUCACCUAAAGUAAACUCGUCGCUGUUUUGGGACCUGCUCCUUGGACCAUAGCCUCCCUUGGUCUUGGGAGCACAGCCAGUCAGAGCUGGGACAGCAAAGCAUCACAUAUCUAGGAAGAAGAAAUUCUCUCUUCCUCCUCUUCAUUGUAGUUGCCAUGGUUGUCAUCUAUGGAACAGUUACUCCAGGCCAGACUGUGCACUAAGUAAGCACUUUAUCUAAGAGAGAUAAAACUGUAAUAUUUUAAGAUACUAACGAGGUGCCUUCGGCAUCACUGGAGAGCAGGAACAGUGGGUGUGUAUGCCCUGCACUCAGGCGAGGCACAUUCUAGAAGCAGGAAGUCAACUGAAUUGCUGAAUGGGUUUGUGUAAGUCUGAGGCAGCAACAGUAGUCUGGAGAGCAAGUCUUUGAUUUGUAAGAGUCAGCUUUGUUGAGAGAGAAAAAAAUUGUGGGUACCAGUGAGCCGGCCUCUGGAGGACAGGGUUUUAAU